UCUUUUUAAUCUUUUACUGGACCUAUGUGCUAGCUAGCCAGCUAGCUACCAUUAGCUAGCUUGUUGGGUUAGCUAGCUACUAGUACUAGCAAGCCAACUAGCAAGAGCUGACAAAGUAAACAUUAAAUUUGAGUCGAAAUCCUCGUUGAAUCUCCAUUGCAAAGUUACGUUUUGCAGUCAUCUCAUCGAGGGCUGAAGUUUUUUGAUAGUUUUUAGUCUUUUCUGGCCGUUAAGUGUUAGAAUUUUCAGAGUUUUGAUCAGUUUCCCCUUCUCUCUGCUAGCGCCAGAGCAGCCUUUGAAACAAGGAGAAAUGGCGUCCGCGGACGUGGACAGCAGUCAAAGCGAGUUUCUGCAACACGGCGGCGGAGCGGAAAAUCAGACCACAGACAUGUCAGCCAUCCAGCUAACGGGUUCAGACCAGUGGGAGGUUCUCACUCCAGUCUCUACAAUAAAGGAGGACCAGGGAAUUGUCCACAUUUCAAACUCGGGAAUUGUCACGUCCAACGGCCAGUAUGUGCUACCCCUUGGGAAUAUGUCCAACCAACCCAUCUACGUCACUGCAUCCGGGAACGAGGCCUCGGCCAACGGCUUGUCCGGCAUCCAGUAUCAGGUCAUCCCACAGAUCCAGAAUGCUGAUGGAACAUUGGCAGGAUUCUCUACGCAGGGAUUGGACGACGGCACGGGACAGAUUCAGCUCAUUUCUGACGGUAGUCAAGGCAACCUCGGAAUCAGCGUUGCCACAACAACGACCACAGACCUAUUAACACAGGCGGGCCACGUGCAGUCCAUCCAGGGCUAUAGUGGAGGGGUCCCCGUCGGUUUGCCCAGCAACAUAACAUUUGUUCCCAUAAACAGUGUGGACCUUGAGUCACUAGGUCUGACCGGCGCUCAGACGGUUCCCAUAGCCACGGGUGUCACCGGGGUGACGGCUGAUGGACAGCUGAUCAUGGGUGGCCAAUCGCUAGACAGCCAUGGACAAGACGGCGGGACAAAACAAUCACUGGUCUCAGUUAGUGACGCUCACCAAGAGCUCUACGUGCCAACAACCUCCUCCUCACAGCUCCCAGAGACCAUCGACGGGACGGGGGUCCUGACUCAGGCGACAGCUGUGUCGGCCGGAGUCUCAGACCCCUCGUCUUCAGAGAACUACAACUCCCACAACCACCUGCAACACGUCCAGUCCAUCCUCCAGCUCUCGGGGGACAGCCAGGGGCAGGACUUAUCACAGGCAGGCGGGCAAACUAUGCAGAGCGUACAGCUGGUCAACCCCGGAACCUUCCUUAUCCAGGCCCAAACAGUCACCGCCUCAGGCCAGAUACAGUGGCAGACUUUCCAGGUCCAAGGGGUUCAGAGCCUCCAGGGUCUCCAGCUGCCCCAAGGCCAGGGGCAACAGCUGACCCUAGCCCCCGUCCAGACCCUCCCCAUGGGCCAGGGGGGGCAGGUCAGUCUGCCUAACCUUCAGACGGUGACCGUCAACUCUGUGGGGCAGGCGGGGGUGCAGUACACGCAGGGAGAUGAGGCGGGCAGUCCGGCCGACAUCCAGAUCAAGGAGGAGCCCGACUCGGAGGAGUGGCAGCUAAGCGGAGACUCCACCCUCAAUACCAACGACCUGUCUAACCUGCGCGUCCAAAUGGGCGACGAAGACAUGGACAUGCCCAGCGGGGAGGGGAAGAGGCUGAGGAGAGUGGCGUGCACUUGCCCGAACUGCAAAGAAGCCGGAGGGAGGGGUUCGAGUCUGGGGAAGAAAAAGCAGCACAUCUGCCACAUCCUGGGCUGUGGGAAGGUGUACGGCAAGACGUCCCACCUGCGCGCCCACCUGCGCUGGCACAGCGGGGAGAGGCCCUUCGUCUGCAACUGGAUGUUCUGCGGCAAGAGGUUCACCAGGAGCGACGAGCUGCAGAGACACCGGAGAACGCACACGGGUGAGAAGAAGUUUGUGUGCACCGAGUGCUCCAAGAGGUUCAUGCGGAGCGAUCACCUGGCCAAGCACAUAAAGACUCACCAGAACAAAAAGGGCGGCGUGUCCGCCUCCUCGUCCCCGCCCCCCAGCGACACCAUCAUCACCGCCGACGGAACGACGCUCAUCCUCCAAUCGGGCGCCACCACUCACGAGCUCCUCGGCAACCAGGAGAUACCUUUGCAGCUGGUCACUGUGGCCCCUGGUGAGGUCAUGGAAUGAGGGUGUGGUUUAUAAACUGGCCUAUCACAGGAACCUCUGGGCUUUUUUCCCUCUCCCCUCAGUUUUUUUUACAUAUGAAUAUAUACGUAAAUAUAUAUGACAAAUAUAUAUAUUUUAAGAGUUAUCAUGAUGACUUUAUGUUUGUUUUGCAGUCUUUUUAUAGACGGAGCAAAAAUGUGGUUGCGAUAUACAUGCGCGAAAUUAUACACGUACGCACGCAUAGACAGAAACACACCAGGACAUGAAUACUCAACACAAAGAAAUGCCUUAUUUUGUAUCAUACUCUGUUGUAUAAAAUGCUGGAGAUGCAUGUGUGUGUUUUUAAGCUUUGCGGAUAAUUGGUAUGGGAUAGAAAACAUCGGACAAACGAUGACUAUGGCGGGGGUUGGAAACGGAAGAAAGCAAGCGGCCCACAAGCCCUGUAGAGGGUGCCCAUGUAAUGAAAGUAGAAAAGGCAUUGAUUUUAGGGGUGAUCGAUUCGCCAACCCUUCCAGCUGAAGUAGCACGGCACGGCACCCAACCUAACGCACCCAGACUCCAGUAACAGGUGUGCCAUGGGCCUGUUCUAGCCUGUCAUGACAGGACGUGACCUCUAUCUGCCUAGUGUCAUAUGUGUGUGAUGUCAGGCCACUUCAGGUAAAGGAUCUUGUUCAGGCAGCGGUGCCUGAAGUUGCCCCCCCAGAGACUGAUCCACAGUCAGUUGUUGUGUUCCUCCAGUAUAGGGUCCCAUGGAGAAACAAGCUGGUCCCAGCUCUAGGGCUGCUAGCACAGCAGCUGUUAGCUGGGUUAGCUGAGCAGAAUGUCUGGUCUUCUGUCCAUACGAGCACACGGUGAUGCUUGACCAUGUUAAAUGUGUCUUCAUUGAAUUAUUAUACUUUUGUUUCUUUUUUCUUCUCUCUGUUUCCACAUGUUCAUGUAUUCCCUGUAUAUUCAUUCACAUUGCAUUGACUUCUCUGUCUCGACUUGUCAUGUCUGAAGGCCUGUAGCAGACUCAAAAGAGGGUGUGCCUCUGAGAUUCAGAGGUUCUCUACGGCCGAACGGUCGGAUCGACCACGGCCGCUACAAGAAGAACAAGGGAGACGUGCACAGGAACCCGAUAGAACGUGCGAUGAGAAUCGGAACAUUCCAAAUGGCUUAACACCUUGAAGAUGGCUGCCUUGCCUGUCGCUGUGGGUGGCGGGUGGGGGGUACUGACACUUGUAUAAGAUUCCUGCUUGCUAGUCACUAUUCAGUCGAAAGGAAACAAUCAUGCCAUUAUUUUUUUCCUGUUGAAUUUUUUUUUUUAUUAUCGUAAACUUCUUUCUCGUCUGUCUGUGUAUGUAGCAUCCAUGUUCAUGUAUAUUAUCUUAUUUUCACAUUGUCUAUAGAAGCCAUCUUCUUAGUUAACUGAUUCUGUUGUAUCAAAAACCUUUAUUGUAAUUGAUUUUUUUUUAACGAAUUUGUGUAAAAUUUGAAUGUUACUUUUUGUAAAACCUUUUUUCAAAUGGAUCACAAUAAAAUUCUGAAUCCUUCCAACGAGAA